UGACGCAGCCGGAAGUGCCACAGCGAGCAGAGCAGAGACGCCACAAAGCCUGAAGACUCACCGCGGAGCACCGACGCUUUCACGGACUCUGGCUGCAGCUGUGUGGAAGUUGCCGCUUUGUGCGUCUUUGUGCGUCUGAGGCGUCCCUGUCGAGCGUGUGUGUGUGCGACUGGGUGCGUGUAGCACCGUUCUGCAGCGUGCGCCAUGUCUUCCGAGCUGCUGGUGGAUUUCGGAGAUGACCCUGCGACGGCACAGCUCGGGCAGCUGAAGCUGGCCACGAUAGAGGACCAGCAGUGGCCCACCGAUGAGUCGACUCUCAGCAAGUCAGAGACGGACCUCUCCCAGCGCUUUGACAGUGGCUCCCCCCACCUGCCCUGGGACCAUCCCUUCUAUGACAUCGCCCGGCAUCAGAUCAUCGAAGUGGCAGGUGAUGAUAACUUUGGCCGGAAGGUGAUCGUGUUUAACGCCUGCAGGAUGCCCCCACACCAUCAGCUGGACCAUCACAAGCUGCUGAUGUAUCUCAAAGGAACACUGGACCAGUACGUGGAAAGUGACUACACUCUGAUCUAUUUCCAUCAUGGGCUGACCAGUGAAAACAAACCGUCUCUCGGCUGGCUACGAGAUGCGUACAGGGAGUUUGACAGAAAGUACAAGAAGAACAUCAAGGCUCUGUACAUUGUCCAUCCCACCAUGUUCAUCAAGACUCUGCUGAUCCUCUUCAAACCUCUCAUCAGUUUUAAGUUUGGCAGGAAGAUCAACUACGUGAGCUAUCUGAGCGAGCUGGAGGAUGUGGUGAAGUGUGACCAGCUGCUCAUUCCCGCACGAGUCAAAGAGUACGACAACAAACUGAGAGCGUCUCUGAAACCGAGCGCCCAGCCUCCCAUGUCCCCUGCUCGCAGCCCCCCGCUCCCCGACCAGGUGUUUGGGGUGCCACUUGCAUUGCUCAGAGAGAAUAGUCCAGACGGUGAUCAAAUUCCUGUGGUGAUGAGAGACACAAUCAGUUUUCUUUCAGAGCAGGGUUUGGAGAUCGAGGGGAUCUUCAGACGGUCGGCCAACGUCACUCUGGUGAAGGAGGUCCAGCUCAAAUACAACUCAGGUGCGCCGGUGAAUUUCAGAGAGAUCGAAGACGUCCACUUGGCGGCUGUGAUUCUGAAAACGUUCCUGAGGGAGCUGCCCGAGCCCCUGCUCACCUACCAGCUCUACAAUGACAUUGUCAACUUUGCCACUGUCCCCAGUGACAACCAGGUGUCGGCUCUGAAGACGCUGGUCGAGUCUCUGCCGGAGGAAAACCGCACGUCGCUGCGAUACCUCAUCACGUUCCUGGCCCAGGUGUCAGCCAACAGCGAGGUGAAUAAGAUGACCAACAGCAACCUGGCUGUGGUGUUCGGUCCCAACCUGCUCUGGGGGCGGGACAACGCCAUGUCACUGAGCGCCAUCGGGCCGAUCAACAACUUCACCAAAACCCUGCUGGACCAACAGCAUCUGAUCUUCACCUAAACCAGCACACCACUGGGACCCGCCUUCUCAUACAGCAUUUAGUCGGACCAAUCAGCAGCUUCAUCAGGGUACUUCCCCAUCAGCAGCACUUAGAUAUGAAACCACUUCAUCUGCUUUUCAAUUAAAAUACCAUCAAAUACUUUCAUAAUAUCCUACAAUAUCCUUCAUUUAGUCUCUGACCGUUCUUUCCAGUCUGAUUGGCCCAUUUGCAGUCAUGUUCCAUGAGCCUCCCUGCAUGACUAGCUGGAAAUGGAACAUGCAUUAGACCAGCCAAUCAGAUGGGGCCUCUUUGACUGACAGAGACUCUGCAGUGAUUUGACUGUUGCACCUACUCAAAGUCUUACAGGUCAUGGCAGCAGAGGCCAUGACGUCCUGGAUACGAAUCCAUUCCACCAAUCUCCAAACCACUGCAUCCAUGUUGUACAUUUCCCAGAAUGCAGCUUGUUGAAAUCUCCUAUCAGCCCCUGUGUAGUAAACCCGCACUUUGAAACCACAGUAUUUCCCCCGUUCACAACACAGACUUUAAGUUAUAUAUCUGAUUAUUAAGCACUGAGAUAACCCUGAAGAAUAAUUUCUCUGAUUACGAGUGAAAUGAACUUGUUAAACUUCAUAGUCGUCGAGUGCUAAACGUCGUGUGAACUGCAAAUUAAAUCCCUGGUGACACAACACAUUCCCUCAGCAGAAGUCACAAACUGCUGUGAUGUAAUAACAGUCUCUUUCAGUCAGAACCUGUCUAAGUCAUGUUCUUAAACUAAUGACACACAAACUAUCCUAAUCUUUGGUGUCUUUGUCAAACGCACGCGAUAAAGUGUGAUGGAGCAUUACAUAAAUCAAUGUUGAAGAAUAAAAUACUGAGAUUAUGAGAGUAAAGUCAUAAUUUUACGAUAUAUUCUGACUUUAUCUUCUAAACAAACGACUCGAUUCUUGUAAUAUUACAAGUUUCUUCUCAAUUACGACUUUAUCCUUGAAAUCUCUUCUUCUUUUUUCUUCUCCUCCUCCACACGUCCCUGAGACUCUGGCGUCUCAAACAUUCACAGACACGUUCACACACGUUUUCCAACCUCAUGUGAAUGUUUGAACUGUGUUUUCAUUACGGACCAAACAACACAAUAGUUUGUGUGUUAUAUGUUCAAUUAGAUUGUAAUGUGUUCAGACAUUUCCCUGUCGCGAUAUUACUACUUAUUCCUGAAUAUUAAUUAUAUUCACUUCCUCAUCCUCCCCAAACAACCCUCCAGAACCCCCACUACUAAAUACUAAUGCAUGUGUUUGUACCUGUUUUCAUGUGUUUCUCAGGCCCGACCUGAACUCAGUGUGGCUCGUCCUCUUUUAUCUCUGUAGGGAGAUUACUAGCGACUGGACUUAGAUCCUCAGUCUCUGUAUAUAUGUGCUGUGCUGUGUUGUGCUGUCGAUCUUCCUGCCUGCUCCUUUCUAACAAAACAAAGAAAAAAUGGCCUCCAGCUUCACAGAAAGACACAGAGAGCCGGGUGGUAAUAUAUAUAUAUAAAAGUAUAAUAGUUACAGAUGAUGAGAGAAUGCAGGUUUUGAACCUUUUAUGACCCCAGAGUGAAGAGAGGAGCGAGUCUCAGGUUUAACUUCUAACUCGGUGAACUUGGUACCAAACGUUGUGUGUGGACAAUCUAUGAAACGCUGUAAUGAAGUGGAGCCGAGUGUUAAAGCUCAAACCCAGAUCGCAGGACUUACUGCUGUUCUGGAUUCUAUCCUGCUUCUUCAGAGCUCUUUCCUUACUAUAUUCGAUUCAGUAUUAAUAAGAAGAUCUUUGACUUUCCCGCUGCCCUUUUCCUAGCUAGCUCCUAGGAGCUGUUUAGUGUUUUAAUGGUACUGGAUAAACAGUUGACACAUCUCCACAGAAUGAGAUUCAACAUUCAGUAGCACAAACACAGGAAGAACAGGAACAUAGUUUACCUCAAGAUGAACACAAUUAAUCACAAAAUGGAGCUACACAAAGUUUUGACAUCUUUGAUAAUUGAGAAUAUUUCGUCCUUUUAAACUCUUAUCAAGGGCAGCUCCCCGAUUCUGUACCAUCCUGUCAUGUAGCAUUCGGUGCAGAUGUAUCUAUGGAUUUCUGGGUAUUGAGGUCUUAAGCAUUUUAAAAUAUGACACGUUAGUAGUCUCCAGGAGCUGCUGCGUGUCUGAUUCGGGCUCGUGCACCUGAUACACUGACAGUGGUCGUGUGUGAGUUAUUGGCGUUUGUUGUCUUUUAUUCCGGCCGCCAUCUUAAGUCGUGCUGCAUCGCCGCUGUGCAUUCUGGAUCUUUUAAGUCUCUUCAUUUCGCAGAGGAAAAAUAUUUCCCAUGAGGGAAGUCGCUGGUGGGAUUUUUGAUCUGUAUUUGCCUUAUGUUGUGGUUGAUGGUGCACAGCUGAUGGUAUGUGGGUGUGUGCUCUCUCUUCAUGGUGCAGGCUCCUCUGGGAAGUAAAACAAUAUCAAUCAUCACCAGAAGAUAACUUUCAUCAAUAGCAGUGUAACAAAUCAAUGGAGUUUUUAUGCCUUGUGCCGAGCAGCUCCUUGAGAAGAGUUAAAGAUCUGUCUUUUAUCCAAGUAAUGCAGUAAUGUGGCAUUUAUUUGAACACUAGUAUUGCUCGACUUGCCAGUCGUCAUUUAAAGGGGAAUUCUAGUAAUUUUGAACCUGGGCCCCUAUGUUUGUUAAUGCAUGUAGUGUGUGUAAAUGAAAGGUACUUACAAAAAGUCUUCUUCAGUUUAUUCUGGUUUAAACAAGUUGGGAAGAUUAUUGAAGUCAGAGGCUUCAUUGACAUUGUCCACAUCCGAAAAGGAUUCAGCUUCUCUCAGUAAAAUCCAAACUCCUCUCAACCUAAGUGAGACUUCUCCUCAAUGUUGCCGGACUCGUUGCAAAGACCCCUAAAUAAUAAUAAGUCAUUUGAAUCGACCAUAUCUAAGAGAGACACGCCUGUUUGAACUCUGAGGUGCAUCAUCAAGCUUUAUACUUUCUCGUCAUUCCGUUUCCAAAGCCUUAAUUUCAAGACCAUUUCCCGCCGCCUGUCUCCAAAGUCAGCUCAUCCAAAGCUUUGCAUUCUGUGUCAAAUUCAAACAAUUAUUCAGGUUUGAGGAGCUCGGUGUACUUUGUUGUUGACGAGUGCGUGUGUUAUAUAUAUAAACAACUUUAGCUGCAAGUCCCAGGAACAGAACCGUCACCUAUUUGCCCUUUUUGGACCCUGAUCACUUUAUUCCUGUGGUGUUGUGUCGACACUCAAAGCAGCCGAACACUAUCGUUGUCCUUUAUGUCGUCGCUGGUGAAACCCCCGAGCAGCGAUUAAAUACUAGUGUUGUAACGUUGUGGUUGUUAUGAUGCGACGUGACUGAAAACAUCAUCAGGUCUGAGAUGCAGUUUGACUGAAGCUGAAACAAAGAUGAAAAAAAAAAAAAUCUCCACUGUUGUAUCUCCCGGUCAUGUCAAUGUCGUGAUGGUCAACGACAGCCUAUUGGUGUAUAUAUGGGUGUGUGUGUGUGUGUGUGUGCAAGUAUGUAUUUGUGUGUAAUUCAUAUGGACCCAGCAUAUUUGAAAAUAUGUUGGGGUUUCAAUGUAUAGCUAAAAAAAACUUAAAAAAAAAAAUAGGGCUCUGUCAUAUAAGAUGUGUGUGUGUGUGUGUGUGUGUGAGUGCGUGCAUGAGAAAGACAAACAAUGUUCUUUUUUGUGUGUGAUUUGUAUGAUUUGAAAAGACAAGCAAACAAAAUAAGAUGAACCCAAGACAACAGGUUAAAAUUUGACAACUUGGGAGGUAUAGUUUUAGUAUUUGACUGUCUGUGUGUGUGUGUGUCUGUGUGUGUGUGUGCAUGCUCGUGCCUUAUCUGUUAACCCCCAAGUGAUAGUGUGUGAUUAGCCAUCAAAGUGCCAGUGUGCCCGUUCUGCCAUAGAUUAACACAACACGAGGUGCGUUCAACACAGCUCUGGUGUUGGACCGUGUUCACGACCGGAGUCGCAGCACAGCAGACAAGUGGAGCUUCCGUCCAAACUCGUCCGCUUGUUGAACUCAGGUCAGCUGUAAUGGAAACUCACAGGCUUAAAGAAAUCCGUAAAAUCGGAACAGGAUUUGAGGUUCAGUGUGUGGAGUUUAUUGAUAUCUAGUGGUGAAGUUUCAUGUUGCAGCUGAAUAAGCCUUGUAUCAUCAGUUUGUCCAGUCUGGGCUACUGUAACAAAAAUAACUUUAAAGAAAAGUAUUUAAUUAUAAAGGACCCAUUCUAGGGUAAACAAUUUAUACAAUUAAUAUAUAUUCAGUUCCUGCCAAUUGAUCCUUUAUUUCACCUGAAUCUUACACACUGGACCUUUUAAAGCUGCUUCCAAUCAAUUCUGACACAACAAAAGUAAGGGGGACAUUAGAAUAGUUUGAUUUACAUAAAGUCAGAACUGAGUUCUCAUUUCUGGACUCUCAGAUUCAUCUCAAAAGCGUUGAAUCCUCUUCUAGCACAUUAUCGUUUACUUUUAAUCUCAUUAGUUCACACGUUUAGUUUUCAGAUACUACCACAUACAUAUUCAGUGUCAUUUCUCUAUUACUGUUUUUCUUAACUCUGCUGAUCCAUUACAGCUCCAGUCUAAUCUAUGGAUCUUUGUACUGUAAUUGUCGUCAUGGUGACAGUGAACAAUAUUUCUCCCGGGAGAAAUGAUUUUGGUUUCCAGGCUGUUCUUAUCGAUACGUUGUGACUUUAUUUUCUUAACUCUGAAAUCUUUUUUUCAUCCUUUACUUUUUGAUAUGUCGUGGAUCUUUAGUCCUAUAUAUGUAUGAUAUAAUGAUAGUAUACUGUAAUAUCAAUGUGUGCAAACAAUAAAGAGAUGGUGAAUGAA